CUCAGCCCCCGCCCGCCCCCGCCCGCCCCCGCCCCCGCGUGCGGCGGUGGGAACGGGGUGUCGGGUUACAGCGCGGGGGCUAUAGUUAGCCCCGGGAACCUCGCUCUCAGCCGGACUCCAGGACUGCUCAGCGCCCGCCCGAGCCCUUGGGGCUCCCUCCGGCUCGCGGCCUCCGCAACCCGCAGGGAUGGCGCUGGCGGGUCUGCUGAUCGCCCUGGGCUGCCUCGGCCUCCACGCCUUCUGGCAGGCCCAGGCUGUUCCCAUCCUGCCCCUGGGCCUGGCUCCAGACACCUUUGACGAUGCCUAUGUGGGUUGUGCAGAGGAGAUGGAGAAGGAGGCAGCCCCCUUGCUGAAGGAGGAAAUGGCCCACCAUGCCCUGCUGCGAGAAUCCUGGGAGGCAGCCCAGGCAGCCUGGGAGCACAGGCAACGAGGGCUCACCUUGCCUCCUGGCUUCAAAGCCCAUCAUGGAAUAGCCAUUAUGGUCUACACCAACUCAUCUAACACCUUGUACUGGGAGUUGAAUCAGGCCGUGCGGACGGGCGGAGGCUCCCGGGAGCUCUACAUGAGGCACUUUCCCUUCAAGGCCCUGCAUUUCUACCUGAUCCGGGCCCUGCAGCUGCUUCGAGGCGAUGGGGGCUGCAGCAGGAGGCCUGGAGAGGUGGUGUUCCGAGGUGUGGGCAGCCUUCACUUUGAACCCAAGAGGCUGGGGGACUCUGUCCGCUUAGGCCAGUUUGCCUCCAGUUCCCUGGAUAAGGCAGUGGCCCGCAGAUUCGGUAAUGCCACCCUCUUCUCUCUAAUGACUUGCUUUGGGGCCCCUAUCCAGGCCUUGUCUGUCUUUCCCAAGGAGCGUGAGGUGUUGAUUCCCCCCCAUGAAGUCUUCUUGGUCACCAGAUUCUCCCAGGAUGGAGCCCAGAGCCUGGUGACUCUCUGGAGUUAUAAUCAGACCUGUAGCCACUUUAAGUGCGCCUAUCUGGGUGGGGAGAAGAGGCGGGGCUGUGUGUCUGCACCAGCAGAGAUGCAGCCAGAGUCACAAUCUGAGGGGGCCUUUUCUCUGCCUUCUUGGAAGACCCUGCCCUUGGCCCCUGGGGAGUUCCAGCUCUCAGGGGUUGGUCCCUGAAAGUCCAAAACCUGCCACUUAGGAGCCCUGGGAACGGGUGACCUUCAUAUGAAGAAGAGGCGCCUCCAGCAGCCUCGAGAAGCAAGAACAUGGUUCCGGACCCAGUCCUAGCAGCCUUCUCCCCAAUCAGGAUGUGGGGCUGGGGAGGCCACAGCAGGGCUGAGGGAACUCUGCUAUGUGGUGGGGACUUCCUGGGAUAAGCAAGGGAAGUACUAAGGCAGCCACUUGAUUAAGCGGUGUUGCAGUGUGGAGACAUGGAGUUUUAUGAGGCAGCCACUUGAUUAAACAGUAUUGCAGUGUGGAGACAUGAAAUUUUA